AUACACAUCAUCUCAAAUUACUAUAAUGUAGUAAGCAACAGUUCCAGCUCUCCUCACAACUUCUCUCUUUAUUAUAAAAUUAAGUCAUCUGUUGCUUCUUUAUAUUGGCGCCAUGUGCCCUGCAUCUUGGGGGUACCCUACUACCCCUGCGGUUUGGCCAUAUUAAACGACAGCGUACUGAUUACCAGCUUCCUUAACAACAGCGUCAUUCAUGCCGACCAUUUUCUCGAUUCUCUUCCAUUUAUUCGGGUUCCAAGAGCGCGGAAGCCUGGUUGCGUUGCAAAACGGUGCCAUUUAAAUUUUGGGGUACCUCGGAUCAACUAUUUUGAGAGACCAGAGCCCACGGCCCACCACCUGGUUUAUUUAAUUGAUAUAAACGGUGCGUUUUAAGUUUAGAAAAAUGAACCCUGUCAUUGCACACAGUCGACAGCGGAGCUUCCAGUCGUGAUUGCUGCCUGCUGGCUCUGGAACUGGUUUCUCUGUCUCACUGUUUGGGCGAAGCAGGAAGUGUCUUCUGUAAAUGGCUUGUACUCGCAGCAUCAAUAAAAGACUGACCCUUCUCACCAGACGGCUUCACCCAUCAUUUGGCCACCUUCUUGCUAAUAACAAUGAUGAUACUAAAUUAAAUUCUCUCAAUUUGAGCCCCUCUCAGGAUCCAAUUUCCAAAACUUCACCCCAGUGUUCAUACAAUGGAAUCGAUGGGCUAGGUUCUAUAUUCCAAGGGAGGAGAUGUUCAUCCUUUUCUCAGACUAUGGGGCUUGGAUUCUCCUUCUGUAGGCAUAUGUCUACCACACAGGAAAAAUGGUCUGAGAAGCUAGAUGAUGUUGGUUUUGUUGUUGAAGUUAUCCCAGAGAAGGCCCUGGAGGCUCUAACAUCUCAAGCUCCUGCCGUAAACGAGGUCGCUACUGCUGCAGCAGAUUCUUCGUUUCCUGUUGCCGCCCUCCAACACCUGAUUGAUGCUGUACACUCAUUUACUGGUUUAAAUUGGUGGUCAUCAAUAGCUUUGACAACUCUACUGAUUCGAGGUUUUACGGUUCCCCUCCUUAUAAGUCAACUCAAGUCUACUUCAAAACUUAAUAUGAUGAGGCCACAUUUGGAGAAGUUAAGACAAGAGAUGAAUGACAAGAAGCCAGCUUUUUCCAGAUUCUUGAUGCAUUAUCUUCUAGGCUAUGGAUCCAGAUGCAAUAACUGAGGGCCAAAAAAAAAUGAAGGCAUUGUUUGACGAGUAAGUGCUGUUUACUACAUUCAUUCCGAUAACUUCCGAGGUAUACAUAGCUGCUUCAUGUGAAAAUACUCUCUGCUAGUUCUGUAUGACAGUCAUUAUGAUAGCAUAUUUUUGCUGAUAGGAUUCAUUGGUCAAGUAUGAACAAACCUUUUUCUUUUCUUCUAGUGAAUCCAUUUAGACCUCUUCUAGUGAAUCUAGAGGCUGGCUUUUAUUUUUCACCCAGAAGAUGGUGCUUUAUUGUUUUGUGAUUUUGUCUGCCCGAAAGACAGAGAAAAAAGGCUUGACAAUUUAGGAGGUGUAAAUUCUACCUUAUUUAUUGUAUCUGCAAUGCUCCAUCCAGAAGAAUAUAAUCUGAGUUAAUGACAUGAACAGAAGAAUAACUGUUAAAUUUUCAGUUAACUAACAACUUGGAUAUUGUAACAUCCCAUAUAAUUUAGUGUUUAAUUUUUGGGGUGUUUUAUUAGAGUUUUUAGAUAAUCCAGGGGCCUUCUGCAAAUUUAAAAGGGUUUAAGGACUUAAACAAAAUAAAAUUUCAAAAUCCAUGAAUUAAUCCCUAAAUCAAAUUUAGAAAGAGAAUGGAGCAGCAAAAGGAAGGAGAGGGAGAGAGGGUUGAUCACGCGAGAGAGAGAGGGGGAUCGGAGGCUCUCCGGCAUGUGAAUAGAAAAACACCGCCAUGGGAAAGUGAAGACCGAGAAGGAGGAGAGAUUUCUGGGAGACUGAGCACCUUCCCCACCACUCGUGAAAGCCGAUGCGAAUGCAAGAAAACAGGCAAGGAGAGAUCGAUACUCACUAUUCUCAUUUAUACAAGCAAAGUCACAAUAGGGAGAUGAAUUUGGAGGCUGCGUGCGGAAUUUCACCAGAACACAACCACUGACAAGAAAGGAACAAUAGGAGGAAAUGCUAGGAGGGUCAGCACCGCAAUUGUGAGUGAGAGAUAAGUUGAUCUACGCUUCACAACAGGGAUUUAGAGUUUAUAUACUGAAUUUCUUGUGUGCUGCAUUGUAAUUACGAUAUGGACUGGUGGUGAAAUUUAUAGUGAAGAAAGGGUGAUGGAUUUACAAAUUGGGAGAAGAACCGGGUGGGAAAUCUGAAGGAAAUGUAGGAGUUAGGAUAAGAACAGGAGUAGGGUUGAUCUGAUUGGAUUGAAAGAGGAUUUAAAAGCAGAAGUAAAAGAAACUUGAUGAAUAAAAUAUGCUGAACAAGCGGUACUGACUUAACUUAAUAGGGGAAAUUGAUCGGGAACAAGGUCUGAUUUACAUACUGGGACUUAGAAAUAAAAAGGGGAUGUUAAGGACUAACGGCUUGAUUGAGAGUGGGAAAAUGGAAACAGGAGUGGGGAACCUGAUGACGAUGGUAGGCGUAAUAAUCGAGUAAAAUUAAGAAUGAUUGAAUACAAGGUGGUUGAGUUGGCAGAUGAGUGUAGAAUAAUUAAUUUCUAAAGUUAUACGCAGUAGUAGAGAAGGGGGAACUCAUUUAAAAUAAAACUGUGCUUUAAAGUGCUUAUGGCUGAAUCUGCAGUCGGAUGUGCUAUGAGAGCAGUGAACUGCUCGGCUCCCAAGACAGAGUCAUUAAUUGAAACGUGUACUGGCCCGUUGAUGGGUCGAGGGGUGGAUACCCUGAGAUAAAGUGCUGAUCUGUUAAUUGCGGUGUGUGAAUGAGCUUGUGAAUGUGUAUGUGACAUGGGAAUUAAACUGCUGAUUUGUAAAUUGCUGUGUGUGAACGAGCUUGAGAAUGUUUAUGUGACAUGGGAAUUAAAAUGCUGAUUUAUAAAUCGUUAUAUGUGAAUGAACUUGUGAAUGUGCAUGUGACAUGGGAAUUAAAAUGCUGAUUUGUAAACUGCUGUGUGUGAGUGAGCUUAUGAAUGUGUAUGUGACAUGGGAAUUAAAAUGUUGACUGGUAAACUGCUAUGUGUAAAUGAGCUUGUGAAUCUGUAUGUGACAUGGGAAUAUUAUCAAGUAAAAUUAAGAGGUGAGGUUGAUAGAA